GGACGGAGGGGCGACAUUUUUAUUUCGGAAGAGGCCAUCUUAGCUGAUGGAUACACCACCCUGUGCUGCUGUGUCUUAGUUAGUAGCUGUUGCACAGGAGGCACCCACCCAUGCUGGUGGAGGAAGGAAGGAAGGACUAGUGCGUACUAUUCUAUUCUAUUCUACUACUAACAAGUCGUGUGCAUAUAUAUAUAAUAUAUAUAUAUCGCUGUGGUGCUGAAUAUUUGAACGUAAUCGUUCUGUUUGUGCAUAGCAAAUGUGUCGUCGGUGAGUGGUGCUGCUUCCACGGCGCGGUGCGGGGAUGUAGGCGUCAUUGUUGGACGUAGUUAGCUCGGUGUUCUUCUUCUCGUCCAUUCAUUGUUUGGUGGGGAGAAUCAAAAAGUGCCUUCUUCUUCUACUCCUAUAAUUGUGUGUAUAGUUUUCUAUUCUGGCGGCUCGUUUGUUGUUUGAUUGGGUUUUUGUGUUGAGUGAGUGCUGCAGUGCUUCAUCAUUCUCACCUGUAGGUGUUUUCUUUUCGAUGAUUCAAAGGCUACCGAAGAAUACUACUACGAGACUCCCCUCCAGUUCUGACGACGUGGGUCCACUUUUGCAGUAGGCGCUGUGCCCGCACGCGCAAGAUGGAGUAGUAGCAAAGUGAUAGAUAGAUAGAUCUAUGCUUGUUUAUAGUGGUGGAAGACAUCGAGCAAGGCUUUUGUUUGUAUUAUGAUUGUGUGAAGGAAGGGGUGGCGAACCUGUCCGACGACGAUCUUCGGUUGGAGCCCGGGAACAAAAGAGUUUGGUGUGCUGUGCCUCUUUCUUCUGGUGACCCGUUUGUCGAGGACACCAGUGCAGACCUGCGUGAGAUAGGGCGUGUGAAGUCCCCUUCUCGUCUCUUCUUCAAUUAACUUGUUUGAUCUGUGAUCAAAAAACACAUAGUUCAAAAUGAAUAACGACUUAGAAGCAUUGCGACAAGAAACAGAACAGUUAAAAAACCAAAUAAGGGAAGCCAGAAAAGCGGCUGGUGACACAACUCUAUCACAAGCAUGUGGUUCUAUAGAGACAGUAGGCAGAGUACAAAUGAGAACCCGGAGGACACUCCGAGGUCAUCUCGCAAAAAUAUACGCCAUGCAUUGGGCGUCGGACUCUAGGAAUUUAGUAUCAGCCUCUCAAGAUGGUAAAUUGAUAGUAUGGGACGGCUACACAACAAAUAAGGUCCAUGCCAUCCCGCUCCGUUCAAGCUGGGUGAUGACCUGUGCCUAUGCUCCGAGUGGGAACUUUGUAGCAUGUGGAGGUCUAGACAACAUCUGUUCUAUUUAUAGCCUCAAAACUCGUGAGGGAAAUGUCCGAGUCAGUCGAGAGCUGCCGGGACACACAGGCUAUCUGUCCUGCUGUCGAUUCAUUGACGAUAACUCCAUUGUAACUAGUUCGGGAGACAUGAGUUGUGCACUAUGGGAUAUAGAAACAGGCCAGCAGACCACCUCUUUCACUGGGCACACUGGUGAUGUCAUGAGUCUAUCCACAUCCCCCGACUUUAGGACUUUUGUCUCUGGUGCUUGUGACGCCUCAGCAAAGCUCUGGGAUGUAAGAGAUGGAAUGUGUAAACAGACCUUCUCAGGCCACGAGUCUGAUAUUAAUGCAAUUACUUAUUUCCCGAACGGGCAUGCAUUUGCCACCGGCUCCGAUGAUGCCACAUGCCGCCUGUUCGACAUCCGUGCGGACCAGGAGAUCGGCAUGUACUCCCAUGAUAACAUUAUUUGCGGUAUCACGAGUGUGGCCUUCUCCAAGUCUGGCCGACUUUUGCUGGGCGGCUAUGACGAUUUCAACUGUAAUGUCUGGGACGUGCUCAAGCAGGAACGUGCAGGCGUCUUGGCCGGUCACGACAACCGCGUGAGCUGUUUGGGUGUGACAGAGGACGGCUCUGCCGUGGCCACUGGAUCCUGGGACAGCUUCUUGAAGAUCUGGAACUGAGGCUGACUGCGCCGUGGGGGGAGGGCCUUGUUUGCUCGCUAGUUGGCCACGCGGUCCGUGCCACACACACACACACACUCUCUCACAAUACACUCACACACCACAUCACACCCGCUCCAUCAUCCCUCUCACUCAUUGGACAUUUCAUUUUCUCUCACAAGUCGCUUUUUGAUUUCAUCAACCUUUUUCCCUCCCCUCUCAGCAAAGAUUGGAAAGAAUUGAGAAUUCGUGUCGUGGUCUGGCGAAGCGCAUGCACAUUUCCCUCCUUUUCCCCACUAGAGCAAAAGGGGGGAAAAUAAAACCCCCUCAGUUACUAAACACAAACAGCAAAAGCACUGUCACCCUUCUCCCCAAGAUAUGCCUUGUAAAGGAAAGCACAAAUUGGGCAAAGACUCCUCGAUUGUGAUUGUUUUCUUUGUUGGUUUUUUUUUUCUUUUUUUUAAAAGGAAACUUUUGAAUUAUCUGUUGACGUUUUUUUUUUUUUCCUUUUUCAACUGAACAUGUGUCACAUCAAGUUUUAAUAGUAAGGAGCAAUCCCUCGGGCACUCUGCACACUGAUGGCAUAACUGUCCACCACUUGGUGUUUUUUGUUGAUAUUUAUUUUUCUCUCUCUUUCUCUCAUAUUCUGCUCGGCAAAACUCGUGGAUGUUCAGUGUUGGGGUGGUUGAGUUUUUUGGACGAAAAAAUAUUUGGGGGGGGGGGGGACAUUUCUCUCCCGAGCAGAGAAAAACCACGAUCCGAACUGUGUGGCUCAGACUCAUUGACAAUCUCCACGGAAUUAAUAAUACCUAGUGUUGACAAGUGCAGUUAAUUUGGAGUGAGUGAGAAUAGUAGGAUUUUGCAAUUCUUUUUCAUCAUCCAAGGUCUUAAUGUCACUACUCCCCUUCUGUUUUGUUGCUGUGUCAGCUGUCCAUGGAACCCUGUACCGGCCAAAGUUCUGCUUUUGUUUGGUCCAGAGGCGGGGAGAGCUCUCCCUUCUACGAGGAACUCUCUCAAGACCCGUGUAGCAGUUUGAGAUGAGAGUGUUCGUGAAACAUGUGGUUUUGUUGCAGUGACAUUUUUCUCUCUGUGUGCGUGAGGAAGAGAGCGCUAUUACACACGUUAGGAUGGGCAGUUUGUUGAGGACUGCAGGUUUUUUUUUUUUGUUUUUAGUUUUGUUUUCUACCCUCCCACCCUCCACAAAGAUGACACGGACAAUUUGUUUCUCAUGUGGUGGACUUCUGGAUUGAAACAGAGGAAACAACGGACUUGAUGGAAAUGUACCAGAGACGACACACACGGAUGGAUAUCAAGUUCAAUCGGAGAAAGGAUACUACUAGCAGUGGAGUUGUAGAACACCAGCCCUCCAGGAUAUAAAACUGCCACACAGACGGCGCGCGUGUCCUGUGUGGCGAGUUCCUGUUCAAACCAAAGGUUUCUCUGCUUGCUACAGAUUCAGUGCAGACCGGUUGCUCGUUUUGUUCCUGUAUGACAAAGCUUGUCAAAGCUUAUCAAAUUCUGUGUAUGGAUAUAUAUUCUUUUGAUGAAUAUAUUGUGCUUUAUGUGGGCCAUGCUUAUAUGAAUAUAGUUUUAGAGGCAACUUGCAAGGGCCAGAAUUGCUUUUGUUUUGUGUGUGGAGAUUGCCUCUAGAAAAAAGUCUGACAGUGCUGACAGUUUGUAUUGUGUUGGGAGUCAUGCUUGUCGGGUCAGACUGGAGACUUGCGUGGGCCGACGUCUUAUGCUGUUACUCGGGAUAUUUUCUCUGUACAGUUCUGUGAGACGGGGCAUGUAGCCUAUAUCCCUGGCUGGAAGGUUGGUUUGUUGGGAGGCGCAGAGGUUAUUGUUUGCAUAAUUUGCUUCAGCUGAUCCGAAUGACAUCUGGACCUUUGAGGUUGUGAGAAGCUUGCCGAAUUUUUGUUCAUUCCGCGUCGAGACUGCGCUGGCUCCCUGCAAUGUAUCGUGUCUGGCAGUGGGGAGGAGGGGACGGUUGUCACUUUUGACUGUUCACAGAGGGAGAGAAAAAAAAGUUGCGCGUUGUUUACAACCGCUAAGAUGGACAGACAAUGGAAUUUGGGGUGGGGGAGGGGGGAGUUGUUUUGGUGUGUGUCUUUUGUUUGUUCCUUUGACUUAUGGUUUUUUUAUUUUUUAAAAAUUUUAUUUUUUUGUACCAAACCAGCGAGUGGGGGAGGGACAAGUGUUGUUUAGUUGCAAAUGUUGCAGCAUCAGCAAGUAGUGAGAGAGGUGUUGGUGUAGGGUGAUGUAGUUGUGAGCAGCUGAAGCAGGCUGUGCUCUCCCAUGGGACAGGCUGGUGUGUAGCCACAGACUGCUCAUCCAUACCAGUGUCUUGAGUCGUAGCUCGGGACGUGGGCACGCGCGCAUUGUACCGUUUGUUCGUUUUUUUGUGUCGCAUGCGUGAGAGGGAAAGAUCGAAAGAAAGAAGAAGAGAGAGGAAGAAAGGGGGGCUAGUCUGUGCUGUGUGUGUCCCAUCAGAAGGCACCACACACAUACUGACUGGCUGUAUGUACACAAGUUUGAUUGGAUUACAUUUUUUGUGUGGAUGUGUUGUAAUCUUGUGUGCGAGAGUUGUUGUGUGUGAGGGAGGAUUUUUUUGCUUGUGAGAGCUACCGUACUUGUCUACAUGGAUAACUUUCUAUAUAUGUUCACAUCAACUUUGGUACACUGUAGCCUGCAGGCUGCCAGGCGUUUUCCUGUCAGCAUGUCUAAAUGCCAUUUUGUAUUAUCUCAAUGUUAAUGAAACAAGAGUGAAAUGUUACAAGUGCACAUGACAUUUUCAGAAUGUCUAGCUGUUUUUGUUUGGUUAUUAUUUUUUGCCCUGUCCAUCACCCUUCUUUUGCUUUUUUUUUUGUUGAAAGUUCUGUACAUUUUUUUUUCUCUGUCACUUGUAUUAUAAGGAUAAUACUCCCUAUGUUGUUCUCUUUAUUAUUUUUUAACGUUGAAGAUUUUUGGUUUUGUCUUUUUAUUUGUUUUACUCAAGCCAAGGAAUCAUUAGUAUUAUACCGAUGGCCAAUUUCCUUAUCCAGUUUGUUGUCUUGUUGAUAGUGUGAUAUUCAAGCACUGCGUGUUUUGAUCUAUUGUUUUUUUGUUUAUUUAAAACAAAAUUUUAAAGGAAAGAUGUUUUUCACGUUUUCUUUUAUAUAUCCAAGUUCUUGUGUUUUUUUUGGGUUAUUUUGUUCUAAUGUGUAAUAAGUUGAGCCAUUGCCACCAAGCCCGCAGGGAUUUGGGCUGGCAGCACCUCCCUAAUUUGUUCACUGUAGAGAUCUAGACCCACCUUCUGAGUAUACCUGUUCGGGGUUGGUUGUCAUACACAAUACUUUUUUGUUUAUUUUUGGAUACUGAAAUGACAAGAUCUGAUUCCCCCAUUAUUUGACUUCAUUUUAUUAUGCAUCUCUUCGAAGCUUUGUUUUGUAAAUUGUUUUAUACAGAAUAAGUUAUCGUGUAGUUACAGAUUUAUUACGGACAGAUAGUAUGCUCCUUUCUCUCCUCGGUAUUUGAAAAAUUAUUGAAGGACCUGAGGAUUUCUCUAGUCUACUGCACUGAGCAUUGGGGGGGGGGGGGGGGGGAUGGACCUGAGUCUGGUGACAGCAGGGUGGCUCUGUAAAACGUUGGGUGGCGGCUUUCUUUGGUGAACAGAGAGAAAAGGAGCCAGAAGGUGUUGGUUCCAAAUUUUGCAUUGGAACCUACUCUCUGUGGCACAUCCUCAGCCACUGGGGCAGAGGUCAAUGGUAUACCCUUGUUCCUACUACCCACUCACCAUUUUACGAUUUAGCCUUCCCACUGCCCCUCUCCCUCCUCUUGUCAGUGUUAAAGAAGUUCUCAAAAAAUUCCUUGAAUAUAUCCCAUACAGAACUUUUUUUUUCUCUUUUUUUUUUUUUGGUUAUGUUUCUGUAUUUUGAAAUCCUUGGACGCCAUCUUUCUUUUUAAAAAAAAAUUAUUGGUUAUGUGUAAGAAUUGAAUUGCAGAGCUAGGAUUCCCUAAGUUUCUUGCCUUAGUGGUAGCAGACAUGAUGUUAAAUACUGUACAAUUGUCUGGAGUGAGUGUGCGUGUGCCUGUGAUUGGCUGCCAUUGUGUCGUCGCUCUUCACAAUGCGCGGUUCAGCUUGUUUAGGUGUAAUAUAUGAUUUAAAAGAAACAUCUUGUCUUGUACAAUAAAGCAUGCUCACUUCGCUGUGUUUUUUGCUAGUUGAUUAUCAAUACUACUACAUUUAUUACUACUAUAACUAUUACUAUUAUAAAGUAUAAGUUGACUUUACAAAAACGGAAAAAAAAAAAA